AUGUGGACAACUAAUGAAAGACAAGAAUUUGCAGCAUGUUUAGCUGCAAUGACAUCUUAUAGGAAAGAAUGCCAAAAGGCUAUUCUGAAAAUGCACAAACAAGGACUAAGAACCGAUGAUCAAUUAGCAAAAUUAAAUGAAGCAAUAAAUAACAAUGCUAAUCUUUUCGAAUACAUGGCAGAAAGAGGUCCAGAAUCGUUUGGACCUGAAAAUGCUAACAUGUUCCCUAAAAUUAAUAUUCAUUUCGAUGAUCAAGACUUAAAUCAAUUAGAUGCAUGCUUACACUCAGCGGCACGUGAUUGGACAUCUCUUGGAGAUGCCGAGCGUGGUGAAGUUUAUUCUCCAGUCAUUGCCGCUUUGCAUAAAUACGUCCAGCCAAACGAAGAAGUACUUGUUCCAGGAUCUGGACUGUGCAGAUUAGCAGUAGAGAUAGCACAGUCUGGUUUUAUAGCAGAAGCUAACGAAAGUUCUUUUGUUAUGUUAGUUAUGGCUUUUAUUUCAAUGUUUUCUGACGGAGCUCAAUUUUUAAUAUUCCCGUUCGUACAUCAGAUAUCAGGACUCGACAAGUUCGAAGAUUCUCUGAUUUCUGCAGUUUUUCCUGAUUUAAGUUCUUCUUUGGCCGAUCCUGGUCUUUCUUUAGAUCCACCAUCAUUGAUAGAGUCCAGUCGUCUUGUUCUCAAAGCUGGUAAGUUCGAAGGCGUUUACGCAAACGUUUCUGAAAAAUUUGGAGCAAUUGUUACUUGUUUCUUCAUAGAUGUCAUCAGCGAUGUACAAAAUACAAUCAUAAACCUCCAUAAAUUACUAAAAGAUGGUGGAAUUUGGAUAAAUAUCGGUCCAAUUGUGAAUCACAACCAAUCUGUUGGAUUCUUUUCACCACUCACCCUGGAAGACAUAGAUAGAAUGGCUAGAAAUGCUGGUUUCGACAUUAUCGAACAAUCUCGCAUUGAUACUUCUUAUAGCCAAAAUCCAAAGACUCAUGUUAAAACUAGAUAUAGUACUCAAUUCUCUGUUUAUAGAAAAUAA